CACCGCCAAGAAAGAAUGUCCUUAAAUAUUACCGUCAAUGGAAAAUUUGUUUCCAAGAGUUGUCCCAAAAAUCCCCUGCUACUGGACCGCGAAAAGGCCAAGAAGGAAUUAGAGGAGGAGAGAAGAAAAAAGCGUUUGCUACAGGUACGCGAACAAUCGAAAAAAAUUGCCGAGAAAAUACGUAAUGAUGUUAAAGAAUCCAAGCUUAAAGCUAAGCAAAAAUAUGAAUCUACCAAAGCCGAGGAGUUUGAGCAAUGGCGGCAAAAGGCUUUGCAAAAAAAUAAAAUGGAAUAUAGCGAAGCAAUUUUCCAAGUUGGUUCGGCCCAUAAGGCAGCCCAAGCGGAAAAUAAAGCACAGGCUGAUAAACACAAAUCCAAACCACAAACAUACAAGGAAUUCAGAAAACAGAUGUUGGCCCGAAAACAUGACAAAGAGAAUAUGCCGACGACCCAAACAUUUUGCAACCAAAUCCAUGUGUGUUCUAACACAGGGGGUCAGGACAAAUGUUGCGGGAAUUGCAAGCUUACCACCGAUGAAGCACACAAAAGAAAAAGAUACACAUCAUUUUCUUCCAGCGAUUCGGAGACAACAAACAGUGAUGAAGAAACCAGUAAUGAGGAAACCUUAAAGGAGACCUCGUCUAUUAGUUGUAGCAUGUCACCAACAAAGAGUGCCACAACAACCAGCAAUAAUAUAGCCACACAGACAUCAAUGAUUCGGGCAGAAAAAAAUCUCAAAAAGACUCCAGCUGUGUAUAUGGACGUAGAAGUGGGCAGUGAUGAUUCUAUAUUGAUUUCGGCACCCUUAGAAAUAAAUGACAAGCAUGCUGAAUAUAACCGCCAAUUUAGUCGCAUAAUUAGAGUCAGUCCAAGUAAGAAGAAACGCAAUCAGCCAUUUACAACAGAGACUCAAAAACAAACUGUAUCAGUAGCGUCUACGACUAGCAACUUAGGAGAUUACCAGGCCGAGGUUCAGGACACCUGUGACCAGACGAAAGCUACGACAACGAAAGAGAAAAGAUUUACCCUCAUAUCGGAUUUGGUCAGAAAACAAGGAGAUCUCCCUAAAACGUUCAUAAGAGAGAACUCCCCUUCAAAAAGAUCGACAAUUGAGGCAACUGCUAUUCAAAAAUCUCCAAGAAAAUUUGUAGCCUUACAAACACUAUCAUCCAGCGCAGAGAGACCUCCAAUAUCUCGUCCCAUUUCGCAGAAUACCAUAACCCCCGGUUCACCGACUAAGGCAAGUAAUUCUACGAAAUCUUCAAAAGCUAUUGCGGGUUGUAAUACGCAGCCAACGUCAAUAUCGGCAGCUUCAGCCAAUAACACAGCUUUGGGUGGCGGCACCAGUUCUAGCAGCAAUUCAUGUCGUGUACAAUUCUAUGAUUACAACAGUAAAAUCACCCGCGAGGGGGCCCAAUCACAGACAAAUGCAAAAGCAAAUCGUCAAAGAGAAACUGUCUUGCCCUCUGCAAUGGAUCAAGCUAAUGUGGAAAAUCGUUUACACUACGAUAGGCAGCAGGACAUGCUGGCUAAGAACAAACAAACAGAAGAAAGAAGCCAAAAAGCCUUAGAGCGCGAAAGAAUACGUAGAGACUGCAAUGACCUGACGGAGAAGUUGGAAGCUCUCACCCGACAAUAUCCCCGCCAAGUGCCAACUAACGAAAAUCCCCAUAUAUUCCAGGACAAACAACUACGCAUGGAGGGCAAAAUGAACACAGCAAUAGAAAAAAUUCUUAAACAACCGAACGUCAUUACAUGUUCCGAACUGGGGCAAAGCGAAACCAUAAGGCAACAAAAAGUUCAAGAGGUAAACUGUGAUAAAAAAUUCGGCAAUGGCAUAAAUGUGGGCAUUGCCACCUCUAGCGGUAAGGCACUUGUAAGUGAUGGUGCUAGCAGCGAUAGCUGUUGCUCCAUUUUGUUGGGCUAUGUAGACGAUCAAAGUCGUCAAGUGCGCAAGGAUUUGGAACAAACAGCGGAAAAGGACAAUGGUCUUAAACAAAAGCGUCUGCAAAAUUUACUGCAACGUUUAGAUCAGUUGCGUAAUGCUCUUCUGGAGGAGUUGAAAAGCACCCAAGAUAAGCAGAAAGCUGGAAGAACUAAAACUUCGACAUCUGAGAAGGAGACUAAUUAUCAACAGCUCAUAGAGGAUAUAACGAAUUAUAGACAAGAAAGAGAAAAUAUUAUGAUAGAGGACAUAGUUCAGCAACAAAAGCCCAAGGAAAGCAAAGAAAUUAAAAAUGACAAAAAGUCGGCAGGCAAACAGCAUGCCAAGAAAAAUGAUCAACUUCCUCGGCUAGAUGAAAGAGAAAAGGUUUUGGAACAGAAGGAAGCCAUACUGGAAGAGAAGGUGCGAGAGUUUUAUAAACUGCAAAAACACAAAAAUAAGAGUUCAGAAUCAAGGCAAAAAAAAGAAAGUGGCUCCGAAGAACCUACCAGCUGUAGUCAAAAUGAAGACCCUAGCGAGAUCGAGGAGGAAGAAGACAAGGAAAAUGUGGAAUAUACUGCCAUAGAAACUCCAGUGGAAAUUGUUAUUAAGGUACAGGGUGAAACCAAAUGCAUUAAAAUGCCCUCCAGGAACAAAAGAAAGCCGUUGCACAAAAAGCACCCCACACAGCUGGCGACAUUGAUAAGAAGUCCUCAAGCAAAGGGCACCCCAAGGAAAAAGACCACCCAAAGACCCAUGGCUUGCAAGGAAAAACCUACCAAAUCGGCUCUAGGGCGCCAAAACUCUUAUGACUCUAAUUCUACUUCAUAUAUGAGUUUACCUUCCCAGAUUCCCAAUCAAUUGGGAACUUUAAUGGAUAAAAAUGAAAAGAUACAUAGUCAACCGCUAACAGAUGAUACUCAAACUUCAACAGAAGAUGAUAGCCUUAGACAUCAAUUUAAAAAACCUGCGCCACCUUUAAAUCCCCUUGUGGCUCAAUAUGUACAACGCCUAUUGGGCAUGUCACGUAAAGCUAUACAAAAAUUGGGAGUAAGCUCCUCCGAUAUUGAAACACCCAAUUCGACACUUGUUAAUACUUCGGCUAAUAACAGUUCAUGUGAGUCUUUGUUGAUUUCUGAAGAACGCCUAGCCUGUGUGGAGAGUUUUGUGCAGGAGAAUCGUAGUUUUAUUAAAGAAUUGGAACAAUCAUUGAAAUCUGGUAACAACUCUACUUUGGAGAAUAGCAUGAGAGUUUUGGAUGAGAUAUGGCGCAAGCGAUUUAAGCAGCAAAAGGAGGCACCAGCCACAAAGAAAGUUGCUGCGCAGAAAUCCACCGCGAAUCACCAAAGCAACAGCAAUGACAAUAAACCUCAGACAAUGAAAGAUGUUAAAAAUACUGCCAAUAAGCAAAGAGAGUUGGUAAAAACUUCUCAAAGUAGAAACAAAGAGAGCCAAGCACAAAAUCCUUCAAAAUUACUUUCUAGCCUUUCUCCAAAUAUUUCCAACAACAAAAACCAAUCGGUUAUCGAAAUUGAAAGUAGUCCUGAAUUUUUGUCCAAAAUUCGAAAAACCCAAAAGGUAGACAAAGCUGUGGAUGCACUUAAAGCUCAGGAAUUGGAUAAAUCUGAACAAGAUUCACAAAUAGCCCGCUAUGCCCAACUAACUGAGAACUGCACUCAUCGCAUAGCCGAGUUAACAGAACUUAUAAAUCGUGUGCGCCAGGAAAAACAACGUCUCUUGGAGGUGACACUCAGUUCAGUUAGCGAUAAUGGAAGACAAUCUACUGAGUAUUUAGAACUACCAGAUGGCAAAAGUCGCACUACCAAUGAGGCAGAAUCAAGUAUGGCCAGUAGCAACGAGGAGGCAACAGCAGCAGCCUCAUCAACAGUUGAUCAAAAAUCUGCGCACCCCGCUAAGGAUAUAGUUCGUCAAAUCCCUAAAUUAUCAGCUUUGGAAAAGAAUCGUCAGAUAAACGCCAGCCAAGAUAGUGGCAUUGCCGAGUCCCGUCCCAUAACUGCUCAAGAAAAUCGGCUUGAUUUGGAUCCCAUAUCGCAUACCUCAACAGAAUCUCAAAGUAAUGCACAACAACGUAAAAUGAGGCCACCGCCUUCGCUGAAGCGUUUCAGUCCUCAAUUUCAAGAAGAUGAUUUGGUUCAUGAGCUCUCUACAAUAUUGGAGGUGGAUACCCCAGGAAAUUCUCGUAUACACACGGCAGUGGCACACUCAUCGGAGGAACGCACUAAUGCUAAUGGGGCAGCUGUAGAAAUUCCCUCACAUUAUCCUAUUAUGUUUCCCACUUUCGAGGAGUAUGUUCAGCGUUUGAAUUUGGAUAUAACACAACUUAAUGCAGAACAGAGUUCGCAAUUACAAGCAGAUUUUUCACUACUCAAAGAGGAAAUGCAAAGGAGUCAGACAAAGGAUAAGAAAACCCCUUUGCAAUAUAAGGAAUUUCCCUCCAUUAAUGGCUACACGAAUCAAACAAAAAACGAACAGAUAACCGAUGAGGGAGAUCAUUUGGAUGAAUCUGUAAAUCAAUUACGCAUAAAUAGUCUCAAACCUAAACAAUUCCCAGAUGUUCGGGAGUACGUACAGCAGCGCAGUGAUAAGAAGACAACAAAUUCAACACCCAAUGAUGAUCAGCAGUUAUUAUUGGAUACAGAAAGUUUGGAAAACAUAACAGAGAGUGAAUCGGCUUCACUGGACAUAGAAAAAGAGCUGAAAAAUCGCAAAAUUUUAAGAAACUCAUUUCGUUAUACAAAAUCCAAACAGAUAUUUUCGUCUACAGCUCAUCUAGAUGACGGCAAUGAGUUUUAUCGCGAAAUGUUGGAAGGAGAAAGUGGCAUAGAGAAACUCUCAACAUCCGAUAAUACCAUAGCUAUACUGAAGACUGAUCUGAAAAGAAUGGUCCAUCAGUGGACGACAGCAGAGGAUGGGAAAAAGAGAAAUCUUAUACCGCAAAAUAAGCAACUUUAUCAAUCACUGAGUAGUACAACUACUUCAACUACAAACUCACAAUCCAAAGCUGAAAAAUUACAAAAGUCCACUUCCUUAGAGGAAAUUUCUAAUGAAAUUGGAAGACCUUUAAAUUUAAGAGAUUUUCUCACACGAGAGCUAUUGAAACAUGCCAACUUUUCAACUUCAACCUCCAACUCAACCUCGACCAGCGAUGAUUCUUUGCGUAGUCAAUUUUUGUAUUCUCUCAUUGGUUCGCUAACACCACGCACAAAUGCAGCAACCAGUAAAUCAGGUCAGCAUACCUUGGAUCGUCAAAAAACCUCCACUCCAGUGCCCAUGUUAUCCGCCCAAACACAUUCCACGCCCUCAAGCAGACCUCCAUCGAAUGCCUCUAGCACACAAUUGUUUUCCGGUGAAAGCCGUUUAUCAUCGGUACAUGGUAAUGAUCAUUCUAAGGAUGUACGAAUGCAGACGAGUGAUGCUGGUGUUAAAGCUGAUCAAAGUUCGGAAUAAUCAAAUCCUGUAACUGCUCUAAUGAUAAUUUUACGUCUCUUAUCUGAUCAUAUGGCAACAUCUCUUCUUUGCUUAGCCAAGUACCGUUAAAUAUUUUAAAGACAAAAAUGCAGUGUAUUGGCAAUUCCGUUAUUUGACUUUCGUUGCUAUGCUAUAGGACCAUUAUGCGUUGGCAACAGUGGCAACAUGACGAUUCUUCAAGCAGAAAAUUAUUAAGAUAACAAUAUGGCUUACAUAUGAAGCGUUUUAUUUUAUUUUUUCGUCGUUACAUAUUUGGAAA